AUGAGCAUAAAAGGUGGUCUAAAUAAAACAAAAAGAUUAGACUAUGUCAACAAACUUACAAAAUGUCAUAACCAUCCGACGGAAGAAGUAAAAUAUCUUUGCAAGGACCAUAAUCAGCUGUGUUGCAAUGAAUGUGCUAUAGUAACCCAUAGAAAAUGCCAGUCUUUAUUGUCAAUAACCGACUCUAUAGCAUCAGGUUUUCCAAAAUGUGUUAGAGAAGACAUGGAAAAGAUAGAAAAACAUGCAGAGGGUCUACAAAUGCACGGAUUAAACAAUAUACAGAGACUUGAAGAAUCUGAGAGAACCGUUAAAAGUCAACUGAUACGUUUAAAGCUAAAAUUUGACAAUGACUUUCGAAACUUUGAGGAAAAGGUCCUGAAAACAAUUAAGAUAAAAUGCAAUGGAUUAAGAAGUUCAGUUCAUACACAACAAUUUGGAAUAGAAAAACUUCAAACUAAUUUAAAACGGUCGAAAGAAAAGAUAGCAUCCAUUGAACAGUUUGGACAGGAUCUGCAUUUUUAUCUAAUGGAAAGGGAAAUGAAAAAUGAAAUGGCCCAGCAUGAGCAGGUGUUGAAAUCGUUGCACCAAGAAGCUAAUUGUACAGAAAUAUCUUUAGCUGGAAUCAACUAUAUAAAUGGCCAGUUGAUCAAAUGUCUUGAAAAGAACCUGACAGUAAAUGAAAUUGAAUCUAAUUCUGCACUUCCUCAGUUACCCGACUUCAAACUUCAAGAGAAACCUUUUCUUUUCGGCAACAGGCGUUCACCGAAUAGACCGAACUCGAACAAUGGUUAUGGAGGACGAAUGGGAUAUUGGCAGUAG